AUUGAUGUCCACUUGUCAAUCACCUUUGAACUCUGGCCGGAUGUGGGUUUGCCCAUGUAUCUGACCCACAGGGAUGAGGCAUGAGUCAGGAAACUAUUGGCAGCCCUGACUCUAUGAGGGGAGCAGCGGGACGGUUUGCCUUGAACUCCGUCAUUCAAGGCGUUCGCCUACAAUCAGUGCUGCUGGCUUGGCCGUGACACCCAAUCUUUUUGAAUGUCUCUGUGUGUAUGUGGUAGUCUGUUAGCUGGCACUUGUCCUUCUCCCGGUCAGGAAACAACAUAUCCCUGUUGAGAGUGUAUGUCGUGAAAUCUUCAGACUGGACCCCUGUUUAAGACUUGCACAUCAGUCGAGAUCUGUCGAGUCUUGUUGCCAACUUUGAACACUAGACUUAUAUACAUAUUAUUUCACUUUAAAUUGCAUCAGACGUGAGUCAUCACGUGCUUGGGCGAGUGUCCUGAAAGGAAAGUGAAAGCGAGGUUGGACCAGAUUGAGGCGGCAAAUUUGAAUCGGAAAUCAUGUCCGCCCGUGCUAUUAGCGAAGCCACCGGCAAACGCCUGCUCAAUCAGCACCUAUCGAAUGCGGCGGGUGCGGCCGAGUGCCGAUUUGCGAGUGUCCAAGAGAACACCGAUUGGGAUGCUCUCGUGGGAGAGAACCCGUGGCUCAAAAACGAGAAAUUGGUGGCAAAGCCCGAUCAAUUGAUCAAACGGAGAGGCAAAUUGGGUUUGAUCAAGGUGAAGACCGACUUUCCUGAAGCUCAAGAAUGGAUCCAAGAACGCAUGAAAAAAGACCAGCAAAUUGGCAGAGCGUCUGGAAAGUUGAAGACUUUCAUCAUCGAACCCUUUGUGGCUCAUGAACAGAGUGAAGAGGCUUAUGUUUGCAUCUAUUCCACUCGAACUUGUGACACCAUUCUGUUCACGCCAGAAGGUGGCGUGGAUAUCGGAGACGUGGAUGCCAAAGCACAAAAGUUGGAUAUCCAAGUGGGUGAUGAGACCAAUUUGCAAGAGGAUCAAGUCAUUCAAUCUCUGCUCUCUGGAGUCCAAGAUAGCAAAACUCAAAAGCGUGUGGCACAAUUUAUCGUGGCUCUCUACAAUGUGUAUGUGGAACUGUUCUUCACAUAUCUCGAGAUUAACCCAUUGGUCGUGACACCCGACAAGAUCUACAUCCUCGAUUUGGCAGCCAAGCUCGAUGCCACCGCCGAUUUCAUGUGCCGUGGAAAAUGGGGCAAAGUGGAUUAUCCGCCUCCAUUAGGUCGAGAUGCAUUCCCUGAGGAGGCUUACAUUGCGGAUAUUGAUGCCAAAACCGGGGCUUCACUAAAGUUGACGAUUCUGAACGCCACGGGAAGAAUUUGGACCAUGGUGGCUGGAGGUGGAGCCAGUGUGAUAUAUUCCGACACCGUUUGUGCUUUGGGUGGAUCAGAGGAGCUGGCCAAUUAUGGCGAAUACUCGGGAGCUCCUUCCGAGCAACAGACUUACGACUAUGCCAAAACUUUGCUCUCACUCAUGACCAAGGAGAAGCAUCCAGAAGGAAAAGUUCUCAUCAUAGGCGGUGGUAUAGCUAAUUUCACCAACGUGGCUGCUACCUUCAAAGGCAUUGUGAAGGCCUUGGAGGAAUUCCAAGUGAAGCUCAAGGAAUUUGAUAUCAAGAUCUUUGUGCGACGAGCUGGUCCCAAUUAUCAAGAGGGACUCAGGGUCAUGCGAGAGGUGGGCAAGAGUCUGGACAUCCCAUUGUACGUGUUUGGGCCCGAAACACACAUGACGGCAAUCGUGGGCAUGGCUUUGGGCAAGAGGCCCAUUCCGGUUACUACGCAUUCGGCGGACACCACAACAGCAAACUUCCUACUUCCAUCGUCGCCUGGAGAUGUAAAGAGCCCUGCUCCGGGCAAGAAGGCCUUCGAUCUUACUCCUAAGCCAGCCACUGCCGCAGAUGGGAGCAAGGUGGCAAGUGCCCUCUUUGGAAAGGGGACGAAGGCCAUUAUUUGGGGCCUACAGACUCGAGCUGUCCAGGGAAUGAUGGAUUUUGAUUACGUCUGUCAAAGACCUCAGCCCUCUGCCGCUUGCAUGGUCUACCCAAUGGUGGGUGGGGAUUCGAAGCAAAACUUUUAUUGGGGUCACAAAGAAAUCCUCGUCCCAGUGUACAAGAAUAUGGCGGAUGCUAUGAAGAAGCAUCCUGACGCAGAUGUCAUGGUUAACUUUGCCUCACUACGAUCUGCAUAUGACUCUACUUUGGAAGCUAUGGAAUACCCACAAAUCAGGACCAUUGCCAUCAUCGCUGAAGGAAUUCCGGAAAACAUGACUCGGAAGCUCAUUAAAGCCGCCAACGCCAAGAGUGUCAAUAUCAUUGGACCUGCUACUGUGGGUGGCAUCAAACCAGGAUGCUUUAAGAUCGGAAACACUGGUGGUAUGAUGGAUAACAUUCUUCAUUCCAAGCUGUACAGGCCAGGAUCUGUAGCUUACGUUUCAAGAUCUGGAGGCAUGAGCAAUGAGCUCAACAAUAUCAUAUCACAUCAAACCGAUGGCGUGUUUGAAGGUGUGGCCAUUGGAGGUGAUCGUUACCCUGUGUCAACUUUUAUGGACCAUCUCCUGCGUUACCAGAACGAGGAUGAAGUAAAGAUGCUCGUCCUGCUGGGAGAGGUUGGUGGUACUGAAGAGUAUCGCGUGUGUGAAGCCAUCAAAAAUGGAACCAUCACCAAGCCGAUUGUGGCUUGGUGCAUCGGCACUUGUGCCGACAUGUUUUCCACUGACGUGCAAUUUGGACAUGCUGGAGCAUCUGCUGGCGGUGCCGCAGAAACGGCUUCGGAGAAGAACAAAGCUCUCACUGCGGCCGGUGCCCACGUGCCUACUUCAUUCGAUGAGCUGGGAGAGAUCAUCCGCGAGGUCUAUAGCGACUUGGUCCAAAGGGAGAUUAUUAUCCCCAAGGCAGAGGUCCCACCACCUCCGGUUCCUAUGGAUUAUGCCUGGGCGAGGGAGUUGGGAUUGAUCCGGAAACCGGCCUCAUUCAUGACCUCCAUUUGCGAUGAAAGAGGCCAAGAGCUCAUUUACGCCGGCAUGCCCAUUACAGAGGUCUUUCGGCAAGAUAUGGGCAUUGGAGGCGUGCUUUCUCUCCUAUGGUUUCAGCGCCGACUGCCGCCUUAUGCGUGCAAGUUCUUGGAGAUGUGCUUGAUGAUCACGGCUGAUCACGGACCCGCUGUAUCCGGGGCCCAUAACACCAUUGUUUGUGCCCGAGCUGGCAAAGAUCUAGUGUCUUCCUUGGUAUCCGGUCUACUUACCAUCGGUGACCGUUUCGGAGGUGCUCUGGAUGGAGCCGCCAAGCAAUUUACGGAAGCCUACGAUGCUAAUAUGAUCCCUAUGGAGUUUGUCAAUUCGAUGAGAAAGAAGGGUCAACUGAUCAUGGGAAUCGGCCAUCGAGUCAAAUCUAUCAACAAUCCCGACAUGCGUGUGACCCUCAUCAAGGAAUUCGCCACCAUUCAGUUCCCUCAAUCGCCAUUGCUGAAAUACGCUUUGGAAGUGGAAAAGAUCACCACCAGCAAGAAACCCAACUUGAUCUUGAACGUGGAUGGAUGCAUUGCUGUGUGUUUCGUGGACCUACUUCGCCACUCAGGAUGUUUCACAAAAGAUGAGGCCGACGAGUUUGUGAAGACUGGCUCGCUGAAUGGAUUGUUCGUAUUAGGUCGAAGCAUCGGCUUCAUUGGUCAUUACUUGGAUCAGAAGCGUCUCAAGCAAGGGUUAUACCGCCAUCCUUGGGACGAUAUUAGCUACGUUCUCCCAGAGAUGAACCAAUAAUUGAAGAACUCGACAAAAUCCAGGACGUUGGCUAUUACAUUCCACAUGUUUAAACCGAUCACAAUAGCAUAAAUUAUUCGAGCGAAUUCUUUGCUUUGCUCCUUUUUUCUGAACAGAGACGUACUUGUUACAAAAAGAGAAAGCAAUUCACUUAGUAUAGGAAAGUGAAUUGUUGCGAUGGAAGUUUUAAAAGUUUGUUCAUCCAUGUUUCCGUUGUAAUGUAAUAACUAUUGAUGUAUAAAGAAAGACAUUUGAGGCAAACGAGUAAAUUGAUAAAUUGUUAGAACA